AUGGAGUACCCAUUGAUGGAAGUCGACUCUGCUACCUCUGGAAUUAAGAGACGGGUGAAGAACAGAAUUUCAAAGACAAAGUUGAAUGUUUCUCUUGCUUCAAAAAUCAAAACAAAAAUAUUAAACAAUUCUUCUAUUUUCAAGAUCUCUCUAAAGCACAACAACAGAGCAUUAGCUCAGGCUCUAAGUAGAGAGAAAGAGAAUUCUCGACGAAUUACUACUGAAAAGAUGCUAUUACAGAAAGAAGUAGAGAAACUGAAUUUUGAGAAUACCUUUCUUCGCCUAAAGCUAAAUAACUUGAAUAAGAAGCUUAUAGAAAUAGAAUCAGUUGUGAAUGAUAAUUUGAUAACUGCAAUUGAAAUGAGCAGUCUUUCUAAGUUCCAUCAAAGUUCUUUUCUUCUGUCAGCUAGCAAGAGGAAAAGGAUCAGUAAGCAAUGCAAGUCUGUGCAUCUUCCAUUUGCAAGGGUUCCAUUAACUUCAGAAAAUGAUGAUGACGAUGAAUGGAAAACAAAGUGUAACAACAGAAUUGAAUCAACGACAUCACCUGAUAGUACCACUUCCGUAUCAAGACAGCUUCAACCUUUAUCCUUAUAUCAGUGUAAUUUGGAAGUAUUACUUCCUAAGGAAGAUCAUCAGAAAACAUGUGGUUCAGGUCGUUCAGAACAUACGUCUAGUGUUGAUGUACUUCCCAAAAAGAACCAUUACCACUCAGAUCAAAGUCCUAAGAGUUCUCUGAGUGAAAUGAAAACUGCCCCAUCUCCCAACUCCAGAAGUGAAAAAAUGUCACUUAAUAAUGUGACUCAGAGGAAGAAGCGUGGAUCUUCUACUGCAGACAUUUUGUGUGUGACAGACUUAGAUCACCAACAGAGUUUAAGCCUAGGAUCAAAUUGGAAUGCGGUAAAUGACUGCACUAAUGAGACCAGUAAUAAAAUGCAAAGAAAUACACAGUGUUUUCCUCACUUAACUUCUGCUGAGACUGCCAGUGACCCUAAUGCAAAGUACAUGGAGCAAGUACAGAACUCUGAUGAGUUUCAGUUGCAGAAAACUCUCUAUGAAGAUGCUGACAUGGAUUUAACUGCCAGCGAAGUAAGCAAAAUCAUUACAAUUUCAAAAAGCAAUAAAAAACAAAAUAAAAAAAAGGCACAUUGUGGAAAUGAGGCUUUCAGAAAAGUGAAAGAUCCAAGCUCUGAUAAGAAAAAAGAAAGAUCAAAGAGAAAAUGUAAAGGCAGUUCAGAAGAGGGUGCUGAGGAAAAGAUUGAAAACAGACCAGAAAGAGGUUCUGUUGUUCCAGAUGGCAGAGGGGAUUCAGAAGACCCAAACUGUAUCUCCAAUACUGAACAGCCACCUCAGGGAAACCUGCUGAAGAAAACCCUCCAGAGCAGCAUGGACCAGGAGAAUACACAAACUAAAAAAAGGAAGCAAACACACCCGACAGAUGAGCAACAGAAAACAUACCAAUUUUCCCAGGGGUCAAUCGGUUUCCUUCUUGAUAACAAAUUUGAUUUGUGUCAGAACACCCUACAUUGUAAUUUAAGUAAGCCUUCUCGGAAGACAUUUAUAAUUAAUAAGUCAGAAAAAGAUAACUUACUUCCGAACCAAAAAGUUGAAGAUGGGGUUUCUGAAAACUUAGAAGUUGCAAAUGAAUUUCAUGUAGCUGAUCUUUCCACAAAAGAUAAUGAAAAUAUAUGUGACUAUGAGACCCAGACUGUGUCGGACUUGAAAAAGUAUGUCGAUGCCCAGCAAAAUCAAUCAAAAACAAAUAAGACUAAGCAGAAAAUAAAUCGGAGGACAAGAAUAAUUUCUACAGUGAGCCAAAUACAUGAGGAUAGUGAUAAAGAAAAAGGCACCUUUCCAUUCCCAACCCAAUUGAAUGAAGAGACCACCAGUGGAAUCCUAGAAGCUUCAAAAGAAUUUGAAACACCUCUUCUUUUCACGAGAGACGAUGGAAACUUAUGUAAGACCCAGAAUGUUCUGGAUUUGCACAAGCAGGUCACUAGGAUGAUCCCUGCUCAGAAUGAUUCCCAAAUUAGCAAAAUCCCUAAACUGAAGGUGAAUCGCAAGACAGAAGUCAUUUCUGGAAUGAAUUGCUGUAGUAAUGAUGAAGGUGUUCACUGUUCAGAAAAGGAUGAGUCUUUCUUAUUACAAAAGGAUAAAGACACCCCUGGAACCUUAAAAGACUUAAGCGAGUUUGAAAUGCCUGCCCUCUGUAACAAGGACAGUGCAGAGUUGUGUGACCUUACGACUCAAACGCUCCUGGGAUUGAGAAAGCAUGACCAUGAGAUGCAACCUGCUUGUCACAAUGAUUCAAAAGUAGAUAAGAAGCGUACACAAAAGGUACAUCGAAAGACAGAAAUAAUUUCUAAAAUUAACCAAAUACAUGACAAUGAUGGAGGAAGUGUACAUGACCCGUUAAAUAAGAAGCUCGGUCAGAAGGUCAAUAUAUCAGAACUCAUUUCUCAAAUGAACGAAGUAUAUGAGAAUACUAAUGAAGAUGUGAAUGGCUCUAAACAAGAUCCUCAGGAUGUUGUUAGGAGUUGCUAUGAUGGGGAAAUCAGCAGUAAGAAGAAGGAAGAUUGUGUUCCAAUUCCAAAUCCAUGCAUACUAGUUAAAAAACAAAGAUUACCCUGUAAAGCAGAGAAAGUUUUGACAAGCAGUAAGAACAGAUGUAAUUUGCAGUUAACCGACUCUUUACAGGUGUCUGUCGCCUUGGAAUCUGGCUUAAAACACGGGACUAAUGAAGCAGAUUUUGGUCCUGGAGAACGGACUAACCUGCCAAAGAAGCAGAAACAAAGCACUGUGAAUACACUGGGAGAUGCCCUUUCUGUGGGGGUGGUAAAAGAAGGAAGCCACCCAGCCAAAGCAGUGAGCAAACUAACAUCUAAAUCAAAGAAAAGAAAGACCCUUCUAGAUCUUUCUUCAGAUACCCAUGGGGCAGUGGAGAUCACACUCAACACCGACUCCCAACAGACUGAUAAAGAAAACUAUCUGGAGAAUGAGAAAAUUACCAACAGUAAGCCAGACUUUCACACAAAGGUGUUGAAACCUGCACCUCAGAUAUGUUCAUCUAAUAUGAAGUCUUCCUUGGACAGUAAGUGUGAAAGUUCUGCACCUUUGAGUCUAUCUUCUCGUGAAAACCUCACAGUAGAAGAAAAUUCUUCCAUGGAGAGUGCAUGCAUCUUUCAAGUAAGUGAUGGCGCUCACGAAAAGAAAAAGGAAGGCACCCGCAGACGCUGCACCGGAACUCAGAAGUCAGGAGGAGGUAGCAGAACAUCCCAGGUCUUGGUGGGUACCAGUUUCGUUUCCUGUAACACUGAUAAUCCUGGGAAUGAAUCAGAAGGGCCGUCUUCACACCUGAUGAGAAGUAAAAGACAGUGUGCCCCUCUCAGCCUGAAAGAGCCAAACCUCGUAAGCAAGAUGAGAAGGUGAAAUAGAUAUGGAUCCAAGUUUUUCUGAGUUCUCAGAGCACACACACCUGGGAAAGAAACGAACUGGGACCAAGACAUAAAACAAAGGAUUCUGUUUUGGGUUUUUACAUGAAGAAGUAUUUUGUUACCCUCCUCCUCC